AUGUCGCAGUCAAAGAAGAUACAAGGGAAGAUUUUUCGAGGAGAAAACGGCAAAAAUAUUGAUAUGACACCAUCGCGGUCGUCGUCGGAUCCUGCAUUGACGAUCAACAUUCCCAAGUCUUCUCAAACCCCCGCGCCCGUCCGUCCUAAAUUGACCAAGACAGAUUCUGCAUCGCCGAAGCAAGAGGCGCAUAACGCGGAGAACAGGAUAUUCCGCGACAGGCUUUCCGAGAAGCUGGGGGAUGCAUACCAUGGUGCAGAGCGAUAUCGCCUCGAUCAAGAUGACAACAAGGAACUACAUUGGAAACGAUGGGGCCCGUAUGUCAGUGAUAGACAAUGGGCUACCGUCAGAGAAGACUACUCUGCCAAUGGCGAUGCUUGGAGUCACUUCCCCCAUGAGCACGCUCGUUCGCGCGCUUACCGGUGGGGCGAAGAUGGCAUUGCUGGUGUAUCGGAUAAUCACCAGCGUUUAAACUUCUCGCUUUCGCUCUGGAACGGCCAGGACCGUAUUCUCAAGGAGCGCCUCUUUGGCGUCACAGGACACCAAGGAAAUCAUGGCGAGGAUGUCAAGGAACUAUACUACUAUCUCGACGCGACUCCUACUCAUUCGUAUAUGAAGUUCUUGUACAAAUACCCUCAGAAAGCGUACCCGUAUGAAGAGCUUGUGGAGGAGAACAUGCAUCGAGAUCGCAACGUCUCCGAAUUCGAGAUCUUAGACACAGAUGCGUUUGACGACGACCGUUAUUGGGAUGUUUUCCUAGAGUACGCGAAAGACGAGCAAGACCCUGACAGCCUUUAUGUUCGCAUAACAUCUUACAACCGUGGACCAGAACCGGCUACCCUCCAUGUUAUUCCCCAAUUCUGGUUCACCAACUAUUGGUCCUGGCCUGCGGAGAAGCCGGAGAAGCCCCUCUUGUCUUCUUCCAGUAACAGCGUGAUCACCGCUGUUCACCCAACUCUCGGGAAGUCCUAUCUCUACUGUCUACCUUCUCCGCCUGCCGUCAGCGCCAAUGGAUCGCCAGUCGGAGAAACCGCAGAAGACGAUGAUGCGAUAGAACCGGAGCUUCUCUUCACCGAGAACAAUACCAACUUUCACAGGCUUUAUGGCGGACAGAACGAGACACCUUACGUCAAGGACGCCUUUCACGAUCACAUUAUCCCGGCACACCGUCCGCCUGCUUCUGGCGAGGAAAAUCCAGGAUUCUUCGCCACGAAAGUUCGCUCAAAUGAUGCCAUGCGCGAUAGCAGGGUCAAGCGAACAGGCGGCACAGCGGAAUCACCCAGUUCUGAGGAAGAAGAGGGUCCACGAACCCCCUUCCCCCAGGGACCCUCGUUCAUAAAUCCAGAGAAGCGUGGGACCAAAUCGGCAGCUCACUAUGUCUUCGAGGACGUGCCUCCGCGCGGAGGGUGUGCUGUCGUACGACUGAAGCUUACCAAGCGUAAACCGGGGCAAGAUCCGACCAUUGAAGACGAAGGCAUGUUUGAUGACGCGAUCGAGGAGCGGAGAGAAGAAGCAAAUGAAUUCUACUCCACGCUGGUCAUGGGUCCCAUGACGGAUGACUUACAGCAGAUCAUGAGGCAGGCGUUAGCUGGAAUGCUGUGGACAAAGCAGUACUACCAGUUCGUGCAGAAGGAUUGGUUACAGGGAGAUCCCGCCCAACCACCCCCACCCCCGGAGAGGAAAGAUGUGCGGAACAAGGAGUGGAAACAUUUGUAUAUCGCAGACAUCCUCUCCAUGCCUGACAAAUGGGAGUAUCCGUUCUUCGCGGCGUGGGAUACAGCCUUUCAUUGUAUUCCAUUGGCAGUGGUUGAUCCAGCUUUCGCGAAGAAGCAGCUCGAUCUACUGACGCGAGAGUGGUACAUGAAGCCUGAUGGUCAGAUUCCUGCUUAUGAGUGGAACUUCAGCGAUGUCAACCCUCCCGUUCACGCUUGGGCCACCUUCCGGGUAUUCAAGAUUGAACGCAAGCUGUAUGGUAGAGAGGAUGUCCGUUUCCUCGAGCGCGUUUUCCAGAAGCUACUACUCAACUUCACUUGGUGGGUCAACCGAAAGGACCAAGGCGGCAACAAUGUGUUUGAAGGUGGCUUCCUAGGCUUGGACAACAUCGGCGUAUUUAACCGUUCGGAACCACUGCCUACUGGUGGGGUCCUGCGACAAGCUGACGGGACCGCUUGGAUGGCAUUUUACUGUCUCAAUAUGAUGAACAUAGCGCUCGAAUUAGCGAAGCACAACUCUGUGUACGAAGAUAUCGCUUCCAAGUUCUUCGAGCACUUUAUUUUUAUUGCCGACGCAAUGACUUUCAAGGCAGGAGACAGCGAGUUGAGCCUUUGGAGUGAACAAGACGGCCUGUACUAUGACGCCAUUCAGUUCGACAACGGACAUUCUAUGCAACUCCCCGUGCGGAGCUUAGUGGGCUUAAUCCCACUGUAUGCGACCCUAGUCCUGGAGCCGGCAACCAUCAACCGCUUCCCAGGAUUUAAGAAGCGACUGGAAUGGUUCAUCGAGAAUCGACCCGAAUUGUCUGAAAGGAACAUGGCAAACAUCAAGGUCGCGGGACGUGGGGAGCGAAGACUUCUGGCACUGGCCAGCAAGGAACGCCUUGUCCGCAUUUUGGAGAAGAUGUUGGAUGAGGACGAAUUCUUCAGCGAGCACGGAAUCCGGUCCCUGUCUAAGAAGCACAAGGAUGAGCCCUGGGGGAUGACCGUACAUGGAGAGCGUCAUGAAGUGAACUACUGGCCCGGAGAUUCAAAGUCAGGAAUGUUCGGCGGAAACUCGAAUUGGAGAGGACCCAUUUGGCUCGCUGUAAACUUCAUCCUGAUCGAGAGUCUACAGAGAUUCUAUCAGUAUUAUGGAGAUGAGCUACAAGUGGAAUGCCCUACCGGCAGCGGGGAUUACAUGAACCUAGUAGAGGUGGCUGAGGAAAUACAGCAUAGAAUUAUUCAUAUUUUCGGCCGUGAUGUCGAAGGCAGACGGGCGACCAACGGCGGGAAUCCCAAACUUGACGCUGACCCACAUUUCCGAGACUACGUGUGGUUCCAUGAGUUCUUCCAUGCAGACGAUGGUCGCGGUUUAGGUGCAUCCCAUCAAACUGGAUGGUCAGGCCUUGUCGCAUUCCACAUUCUACAGAGUGGUGCCUCCUGUCGCCUUCCGAGGACGCCCAAGACUCCUCGCAGCCUUGCUCACCACUAUUUCGACGAGCAUAUUGAUACACAGUCUGAAUACGGAGACGAGGAACGUUCUUUACACAGCGCAUAUAGCACUGCCGACCUAAACACACUCGGAGAUCUAUCACCCGACGCAUUGUAGAGAAGAACAGUCUGUAUCAUAUACACGCCAUCAGUGGCCGAUUCCGCGAACACUUUUGUAAGAGAUCGAGAUGGUGUAGCAUGCACAUCGUAGCACUCCUGCUUCUCAAACAUAUAUACACAGUAGAUUAUAUCCCUGUAGCUUCUCCAGAAACUCGAGAUAGAUCGCGACGCGCUACAA